AUGAAUGGGGAUAAAAAUGUUUGGAAUAAAAGUCAAAAUCCGUGGAAAAAUAAAAAUUCCGUAGCUAAUAAUAAAAAUACAGCUGAGAUAAAAUUUAAAAAUGCACAAGAAAAACUUCAAGCAUCUGUGAACAAACAUCUGGAACAACAAGAAUAUGAGUCUUCUUCAGAUGAAGAACCUCUUGAAUCCGAAUCAAUUUUAUCUUCUGUUUUUAAAAAUUAUGAUCAAUUCAAUGAUAAACAUGAAGGAGUUGAAAGGACACAACAAUUUUUAGAAAAUGCUUUUCAAUCAGGUGCUGGAAUAUGCUUGAUUUGUAUCGGUAGCAUUAAGAGAGCUGAUACUAUUUGGAAUUGUUUAGAAUGUUAUAGUUGUUUUCAUUUGAUUUGCAUUGUUAAAUGGGCAAACGAUAGCAUACAUCAGCAAAAACUCACACAGGAAGAUUUGCCAGCUUUUCGUAAAACUCAAAUUUUAUGGGCUUGUCCCAAAUGCAGGCAUGAUUAUAAACCUGAAAGUGUUCCUCAAAAAAGUUAUUGCUUCUGCGGUAAAGUUGAAGAUCCAGAAUUUCAUCCUUGGCUUAUUCCUCAUUCGUGUGGAGAAACUUGUGGUAAAAAAUUAAAACCUGAAUGUGGUCAUUCCUGUCUUUUACUUUGUCAUCCAGGUCCUUGUCCGCCAUGUCCAAAGACUGUACAGGCGAAAUGUCACUGUGGUAAAAAAGGUCCUAAGCAUUCCAGGUGUAGUAAUAAACUUUGGUCUUGCAAUUCUAAAUGCAGUAAACCACUUUUAUGCAAAAAGCACAACUGUGAUCAAAUAUGUCACUCUGGAGACUGUCCUCCAUGCAACAGAGAAAGCUCUCAAAAAUGUCAAUGCGGUUUACAGGAAAGAAAGCAACCUUGCCUGACUCCCAAUUGGCAAUGCGAGAAGGUGUGCGGAAAACCUUUAUCCUGCGGUUUUCAUAAGUGUUUGAUUCGGUGUCAUUCCGGUCCUUGCGGUUGUUGUCCUUCAUCUUUAGAAAGAACGUGUCCUUGUGGGAAAACAAAUCAUUUGCUACCCUGCACCGUUGACGUACCCACAUGUAACGAAACGUGUGACAAGAUAUUAGAUUGCGGCAUUCACAAAUGCCCUCAAAAAUGUCACAAAGACAAAUGUGGAAUGUGUUUGGUCAUAGAAAAAAAACAAUGCAGAUGCGGUUUGCACAAAAAAGAACUUCCGUGUCAAAAAAGUUUCACUUGCGAAACGAAAUGCAAAAGAAUAAAAAAUUGUUUAAAACAUGCUUGCAACAGAAAGUGUUGCGACAUGAAUUGUUUGCCGUGUGAAAAGCCGUGUGGGAAAACCUUGAAAUGCGGUUAUCAUAAAUGUCCAUUGGUUUGUCACAAGGGUCAAUGUUAUCCUUGCCCCGAAGUUGCACAUGUUAAAUGUAGAUGUGGAAAAACAUCGAUAACAGUUCCCUGCGGUCGUCAAAAAAAAACAUGUCCGCCCAAAUGCAAUAAAAAAUGCUCAAUUCCUCCGACUUGUCAUCAUCCGUCACGGGAACCCCACAGUUGUCACUUCGGAGAAUGUCCACCCUGUAAACAAAUAUGUAACAAAACGAGGAGUAAUUGCGAUCAUUUAUGUCCCGCUCCUUGUCAUUCUGCCGUUUGGGUGAAAAUCGAAGACAACCAUCGUCCGGCAGGUCCUUGGGAAAUAUCCGAGCCAAAGCAAAAAAAAUGCAAAUUGCCGUGUCCAGAUUGUCAAGCUCCAGUUUCCGUGACGUGUUUAGGCGGUCACGAAACUUGCGAUUGGCCCUGUUACAAAGCCAAACCAUCUUCUUGUCAUCGACCGUGCGGACGUUUACUCAAGUGUACAAAUCACACUUGCCAAAAGCCGUGUCACGUCGUAAGCGGAGCGGGAGAUUCAUUUUUCGCCGACGAAAGCUGUUUGGAAUGCGAAUCCGAAUGUUUAAAAGUUAGACCUCCCGGAUGUAGUCACAAAUGUCCCAAACCGUGUCAUUCGGGACCGUGUCCUCCGUGUACUCAAAACAUUAAAUCCAAAUGUCACUGCGGAGUUUUAAUGCUCAUCAAUAAAUGUUCAGAAUUGAAUUCCGUUCAGGAUGAUGUUAAGGACAAGCUAUUGAGCUGCGGGAACAAAUGUCCGAAAAACUAUCCCUGCGGUCACAAAUGCAAAUCAGAUUGUCACGUGGGUGAUUGUCCCGAUCCUGAUUCCUGUCGUAAAAAAGUCAAAAAAUCAUGUAAAUGUGGAAAAGUUAAAAAGGAAAUCACGUGCGACAUGGCGAGAGCCUGUAAAAAAGAAUUUUUAGAUUGCGACGAAACGUGUUUGAUAAAAAGCAUUCAAGAGAAAAGGGAAAAAGAACUCGAAACGGAAAAGAGAAAAUUAGAAGAAGAAAAGAGGUCGUUGAACGAGUAUGAAAAGUUUCAAAAUAAAUUCAGAACGGGAAGAAAAGGAAAACAGAAAAAGAAAAUGGUGGAGGAAGAAAAACCGUCCUUUGCGUCCAAAUAUUGGAUAUUCAUAUUGAGUGCUUUCUUCGGAACGAUAGUAACAAUUAUUUAUUUGAUGCAGUGA